AUGACCGACACCGUUCGCACCAUUACUCAGCUGAUGAGGCAAAUCGCACCUCCGGUGGAGAAGCCACAUUCAAAAAUCAGUAUCAUUGGAGUCGGACAGGUGGGCAUGGCUUGCGCUUUCAGCAUCCUCACAUCGCAAAUCGCCAGUGAAAUCGCCCUGGUGGACGUCGACGAGCAGAAACUGAAGGGCGAGAUGAUGGAUCUACAGCAGGGCAUGGCGUUCACGCGUUCUGCUGUUAACAUUAGGGCCGACAAAGAUUAUGCCGUGACAAGUGGUUCGAAGAUCUGCAUCAUUACAGCAGGUGUUCGACAACGCUCUGACGAAAGCCGUCUCAGCUUGGUGCACCGUAACGUAGAAAUAUUCAGUAAUAUCAUUCCAAAGCUAGUCCACUACAGUCCUGAUACGAUUCUGUUGAUAAUCUCUAAUCCGGUUGACAUUUUGACCUACGUGUCAUGGAAAAUCAGCGGGUUGCCAGCGGAACGUGUUAUUGGAUCGGGUACCAACUUGGACUCCGCACGACUUCGGUUCAUGAUGUCACAGGAGCUGAAUAUUGCUCCAUCGUCUUGCCACGGCUGGAUAAUUGGCGAGCACGGUGACUCUAGCGUCGCCGUCUGGUCUGGCAUCAAUGUUGCGGGUGUGACACUGGCAGAAAUCAACCCAAAAAUGGGCGAAGAUGAGGACCCCGAGAACUGGAAAGAAAUGCACCGAAAGGUCAUCGAUAGCGCGUAUGAAAUCAUCAGGCUAAAGGGCUAUACGAGUUGGGCGAUUGGCCUGUCGGUGUCCAGCAUAUGCUCAUCGAUAAUGCGUAACCUGAGACAAGUGUACGCGUUAUCCGUGAACAUUAAGGGCAUGCAUAACAUCAACGAAGAGAUCUACCUGUCGUUACCAUGCGUUAUUGGUGAAAACGGUAUUUCGCAUAUCAUCCAUCAGAACCUGUCCGAACGUGAGCUGGCAGAUCUGCAACGAUCCGCAAAGACCUUGCAUGAAAUUCAAUCUCAACUGAAUUUAUGA